AUGUCCCAGCUUGGCAAAAGCCUAUUUCGCAAUCCGUUCCACAGGCGCAAGAAGUCUAGAGAUGCGAAAGCCCAGAUAGACCACCAAGAGGACGGCCCGACUAAUGUUCUCCUUCCAACUCCUUCCAGCCAGUCCAGUACUCAGCCUACCCAGCCGGCAUCAAAACAAGCCUUCACGCCUCUAGACCUGUGGAAAGUUGCUUAUGAUCAUGUAAAUGAUGGGGAGCAAAGGAUUUUGUCAACAGUCCGAAGUCCUACCCAUCUGGAUGAUGAGAGAAACCAUUCCCAGACAAAUGCUCUGAUUGGUGAGAAGCUCAUUAAUGCGGCACUAUCCUUCAAAGAUAUUAUCAGCGCUGUUGCAACUUUCGAUCCUACCCAGCAUGCAGCUAGUGCUUGGAUAAUCGUGUCACUUGGGUUAACCAUGACCAAAAACCGUUCUGACCUACGAGAUACGCUAUUCGAAUCAUCGGAAUACCUAGCGGAUGUUCUCACGCAGCGUGCAUUUAUCGAGAAGAAUUUCUACCUUAGGGGCAAUUUCAGCAUCAAAGAUGUCUUGGGAAAUGCAAUAGAUCCUAGCGCGGGAAGGAAGCUACUAGACUGGGUCACCGCUAUCACUGAGCACCCACUCACAGAGCUGAAGGCCUCAGUUGAAAAGGAAAGGGAAAAUAUAUUCCAGUGGAUUGGAUUAGUCAAACAGCUGCAACGUGGAAAAGGGGCAGAGGAUAUCCUAUAUCAAAUCGAGAAACUUACUGAAUCUGUGAAUCACGUUAAUGAAAAAUUCAGCCUUGCGAACCUCUAUGUUGCGGAAGGAGCAUUUUGUAUUUCCUAUAACAAUCAACAUGAGGAUUUUUGCCUCCCGGACACCAGGACGGACCUUUGUCGCCAAAUCUUUGAGUGGGCUGAGUCAGAUGGUAAAUUUAUAUUUUGGUUAAAUGGAAUGGCGGGAACCGGCAAGUCUACUGUUGCCCAGAUACUGGUAACUAGGCACCGGCGACUAGUGCCUGACAUCUUAAACGCUAUCCAGGACGAUCCGAAUAUUGCAUUUAAAUUUCUCAACCAGUCUAUGCGGAUAGUAAUUGUUAUCGACGCCUUGGACGAAUGUGACAAGGAAGAUGAUGUGCGAAUAAUACUUCAACUCUUAUUCAAAUUGCUGGAAAUUGAAUCUGUACACCUGCGAGUAUUUCUGACCAGUAGACCUGAACUGCCAAUUCGUUUUGGCUUCAAGCAGAACAAGAAUCAUCUGGACCUGGUUGUCCAUGAACUUCCUGCCCCCGUGAUUGAACACGACAUUCGUCUAUUCUUGAAACACAAGCUUUCGGAAAUACAGGAUGAGCGCUCACUUCCCCCGGCUUGGCCUGGAAAUGAAACCAUCGAAGAGUUGGUUCAGAUGGCUGUUCCAUUAUUCAUUUUCGCAGCCACAGCAUGCCGCUUUAUUAAAAAAGGGACACAUCCAAAAAAGCGUCUCCAAAAGCUUCUUGAAUUUCAGCCAACUACAGCUACAACUCAAAUGGACAAAAUAUAUCUACCAGUUCUGAAUCAACUCACAGGCGAUGAGGAAGGCAACUCAAAGGAGCUUGUGGAAGAACUCCAGGACAUUGUUGGGGUUAUUAUUGUCCUUACCCCCCCCCCCCCCCCCCCCCCACUCUCUAUUGAAUCCCUUGCCCGGCUUCUGCAAAUAUCGGCAGGCGAUAUCAGCGAGCUAUUAGCUUCUUUGCAUUCAGUCCUCAACAUACCGAGUCGCAGAGAGGCUCCAGUGCGCAUUCUGCACUUGUCUUUUCGAGACUACCUCCUAAUCACGGACAGCCCUUUCCAUGUUCAUGAGCAAGAGACCCAUAGAACAAUAGCGAUACAUUGCCUCCGAGUUAUGGCCACCGAGCUCAAACACAAUAUCUGUUGUCUAGCAAGUUACGGUACACAGCGCAUGGAUGUAGACAAUCAGGUCAUCAACCAGCACCUCUCGGCAGAGUUGAAAUACUCCUGUCAUUAUUGGCACUUCCUUCACUGGUUGGAGGCACUGAGUUUAAUCGGGAGUAUAUCUGAGGCGGUGGAAAUUAUAGAUACACUGGAGUCAAGCAUAUGGAAAAGCAUGGGUGCUGAGGUUUCAGACUUUCUCUAUGGCGCAAGGUUUACUCUUGAGAACACUUAUAUUGCUAGUAUUGCGCCACUCCAACUCUAUUGUACGUACACUACCAAAGGUGGAAAUCUAUGGAGCCCUAGUCUACAAACACUUGAGGGCCAUUCAGGUUCGGUUCCAUCAGUGGCCUUUCCCCCUGAUGGACAAACACUGGCCUCAGGCUCUGCCGAUCAUGCCAUCAAGGUCUGGGAUUCCAAGACUGGCACUGAGCUGCAGACGCUCAAGGGUCAUCGUCAUUCAGGUUCAGUUCAAUCAGUGGCUUUCUCCCCUGAUGGACAAACACUGGUCUUAGGCUUUGACAAUGCCACCAUCAAGAUCUGGGAAGCCAAGUCUGGCGCUUUGGUGCAGACGCUCAAGGGCCAUCCAGAACUGUAUCUCUAUCCAAUAACUGGGUUGCCUGGGAGGUGA